GACCGCCCCCCCCACCUCCCCCACAUAACGGGCCGUGUAAAAUGAAGCUUCGGAACCGUCCAGCUUUAGUGUUCACGUGACGUUUGUGUCGUGAGGGUCGGCGCCGCGAGAUCUCUCUUGGGGAAAAAACAGAAAAAAAAAACUUAUAAAAAAAAAGUAGAAAAAAAACCGAUUCUUUUUUUCGUAUCGGAAUAUACCGGAAAUACAACCAACGCCAUGAUGAAGUUCGUACUGUGUCUGUCCCUGCUGGCGGCGUGCGCGUCGGCGGGAGAGACCGGAGGGGCGCCGAAGACCUCCUUCCCCGACGAAUUGCUCUCCGAGAUGGUCCUCCGGCUGGUGGAGGCGGCCCGCUCCACCUCCUACUCGUCCCUCCUCACCCUCAACGUCACCAACAUCAUCAUCCUCGCCUUCGUCGCCUUCAUCGCCCUCGGAUACUUCGGCUUCAUCGAUGUAGGACUCGGUCUCGGCCGGUCGUUCGGGAAUUCCCUGGAUCUCGACCUCUCCGCCGUCGGGAGGGCCGCGUCCUCCUUGGCCCCGCUCGUCCACCAGGCUCUCGAGACCUACAGCAGCCUGCAGGAGGAGUCCUCUCGUCACGAGUCCUAGGCUUCCGAUAAAGAAUGGAAUGAAGACGUAGCCGACUUCAUGGUCGAGGCUCUUGCGUGACGUCAUCGAUAGCAAUUAUGUGCAAUGGCGACGUCUCAUUGGCUCCUCCCUGCUGUUACCUCCUCAAGACCACCCAUUGUGACGUCAUGUUUUACGUCACGUCUGUUUCAUAACAUCACGCUUCAAAAAAAAGUAAUGUUUCAUGACGUCAUCAAAAGUGCCACUUCCUCUUAGGUAUUAAAUAUGUUUUCAAGGUGCCACUUGCUCUGUGAUACCACUUAAAGGUGUCAUUAUCUUCACUAUAAUACUUGACACCAGAAGUCUCUUACCAAGCUAUCUUGCUUUGACGGUCAACCUGGAGCAAGUUGUUUUGUUUAAAUGUGGGCGCUGGAAUACGCCUCGUUAUACGUAUUUCCAUGACAACGAUGCCUAACCUUGGAUAGUUUAUAUAGUCUGGAGUAUCGAAAA